AUGACUGCCCUGUCACAACGUCUGCUGUCUGCGCGAGUGAGAUGUCCCCUGGACUUGGGCUCUUGCUCCAGAACACGGCCAUCAUAUCAUCGUGGCUAUGCAACCCUGCAACAGUCGCAGCCGCCUAUGCGGCGACGAGCUGCUGUUCCCCCUUACCAGAAAAUUCUGAAGACGUUUGAAGAUGUCAGAGAUAUUCUUCCCCGCCGGAAGCUGGCCCUCGCGGAGAAAAUCCUGUAUUCUCAUCUCGACAACCCCUCCGAGUCUCUGUUGACCGGCACCGACAAUGGCGAGAACAUUCGGGGCAAAGCCAACCUCAAGCUCAAGCCCGACCGUGUCGCAAUGCAGGAUGCGUCCGCACAGAUGGCUAUCCUCCAAUUCAUGACAUGCAACCUUCCCAGCACCGCCGUACCUGCGAGUAUCCAUUGCGACCAUAUGAUUGUGGGAGAGAAGGGUGCAGACGUGGAUCUCCCUAAUUCCAUUGCGGGCAACAAGGAGGUGUUUGACUUUCUGGAAUCUGCUGCAAAGAGAUACGGAAUUGAAUUCUGGCCUCCUGGGGCAGGUAUUAUACAUCAGUCGGUUUUGGAAAACUAUGCUGCUCCUGGCUUGAUGAUGCUGGGUACGGACAGUCAUACGCCUAAUGCUGGGGGAUUGGGUGCUAUUGCAAUUGGUGUGGGCGGAGCUGAUGCAGUUGAUGCACUUGUUGAUGCCCCAUGGGAGCUCAAAGCUCCCAAGAUUCUGGGAGUGCGGCUAGAAGGCAAGCUCAGCGGCUGGACUUCGCCGAAAGAUGUGAUUCUACAUUUAGCGGGCAAGCUCACCGUUCGUGGUGGGACUGGAUCCAUCAUCGAAUAUUAUGGGCCUGGAGUGGACACAUUGAGUUGCACAGGCAUGGCCACAAUUUGCAAUAUGGGGGCUGAAGUAGGGGCUACAACGUCGAUUUUCCCCUUCACCGAGAGUCAUAUCCCUUAUUUGCAAGCCACGGGACGUGACGCUAUUGUCGACGCGGUCAAGGGCAUCGCAUAUGGCUCGGAAAAACACAACUUCUUGCGGGCUGACCAAGGCGCGGAAUACGACCAAGAAAUCACAAUCAAUCUAGCCACACUCGAGCCGCACAUCAAUGGUCCUUUCACGCCUGAUCUAUCCACACCCCUGUCAAAGUUCAAAGAUGCAGUAAAGACCAACAAGUGGCCUGACAGCUUUUCCGCCGGCUUGAUUGGCAGUUGCACGAACAGCUCAUACGAGGACAUGACCCGUGCUCAGGACUUGGUCAAACAGGCACAGGCUGCGGGCUUGAAACCCAAGUCUGAUUUCUUCAUAACGCCCGGAAGUGAACAGGUACGCGCGACCUUGGAGGAAAGUAAGACACUCGAAACCUUCACACAGGCUGGUGGCACCGUCUUGGCCAACGCCUGCGGACCGUGCAUCGGACAAUGGAAGAGGACCGACGGUGUCAAGAAAGGCGAAGACAACGCCAUCAUCUGCUCCUACAACCGUAAUUUCCCGGGUCGGAAUGACGGUAACCCCCGUACGAUGAGUUUCCUUGCUUCGCCAGAAAUCGUCACUGCUAUUUCAUACUCUGGAUCAACAUCUUUCAAUCCAAUAGUCGAUGAAAUCCCCUUGCCCUCUGGGGAGAAGUUCAAGUUCGAGCCUCCGAAGGGCGCACAGCUUCCAGGGUCGGGCUUUGCCAUAGGCAAUCCUGCAUUCUACCCUUCCCCUGCUGAACCAGAUCAAAGUGUGGAAGUGGUUGUCGACCCUGAGUCUGAUCGACUGGCUAUCUUGGAGCCGUUCGAGCCAUUCCCAGAAGGUGAACUGAAGGGCCUGAAAGUGCUCUACAAGGUCAAGGGCCAAUGCACCACAGACACCAUUUCAGCGGCCGGGCCAUGGCUCAAGUACAAGGGACACCUUCCAAACAUUGCUGAAAACACUCUCAUUGGUGCUGUGAACGCUGCGACCGGCGAGACCAAUGUUGCAUACGACAGUGAUGGGUCCACAUCGUCUAUUCCAGAACUCGCAAAGAAAUGGAAGGCGAAGGGACAAAAUUGGCUGGUCGUUGCCGAGGACAAUUACGGCGAGGGAUCCGCUCGGGAGCAUGCAGCGCUCCAGCCACGUUAUCUCGGAGGGCAGAUCAUUCUGGCAAAGAGCUUCGCACGCAUCCACGAAACGAAUCUCAAGAAACAGGGAGUGGUGCCCUUGACCUUUGCCAACAAAGAGGACUAUGACCGCAUAGAUGCCUGCGACCACGUCGACACAGAGGGGCUGUGGGAUGUUCUGAAGAACGACGGUCAAGGCGAAAUCAACUUGAAGGUCGCAAAGAAGAAUGGCGAAACCUUCACGAUCCCCGUCAACCAUACUCUGAGCAAGGAUCAAUGUGCCUUCAUCCUUGCCGGAUCUGCACUGAACCUGCUUGCAAAGCGGCAGAAGCUGGAUUGA